AUGUAAUUUUAGCUUCUUAAUUUAAGCUCAGCACCCAAAUCAAUAUAAACUGAUAAAUAAAAAGAAAUUAUAAAUUGUAGUAGAAAUUCUUAAAUUGGAAUCAAAUUUGUAUUAUAUUUUUAUUUUAAUAUAGAAAAAAUCUGAUGGACUAUUAUCUAAUUAAAUAUUCAAUAGCAAAAUAUAAUCAGCUCCUUUAACAGCUCCAUUCUCUGCUCGCAAUUCUAUUAUUAUGUGUUAAAGUGAAAUCUAAUCAUAAAAUGAUUAAAAAAUGAAUGAAUAAUAAGAUUAAAAUGAUAAAUAUAGAUGGAUGCAUUAAGUUCCUUAAAAUAUCAUUAAUAAAUAGACACCUUAAACUCAAAAAAUAUAAAAAUAAAGAUAUUUUGUUUAAGAUUAUUCUUAAUUACAUCCUAAUCCAUAUUAAGAUCCAAUUUAUAUUAAAAAUCAAUUUUAAACAUAUAACUAAAUAAAUACAAAUAUUAAAUUCUAAAAAAGUAAAAAUAAGAACUUAAAUUAAAAUACUUAUCAAAGUUAAAUUACAACUCAAAACUCUGGUUUUAAGUUAUUAACAAAAUAAUAAAAAACAAGUACAACAAAUAAACCAAAAGAUGGGCAUAUAAUAAUUACUUUACCUUAAAAUUAAAAAAAAUAUGAUAGUUUCUCUUAAAAAUAAAGAUAACAAUCUAAAAGUUUAGAUUAAAUUAAAAUAAAUGAACAUUUUAAAAGAUUACUAUAAACUUAAGAAUCAAGAGAAUUAUAUUCUAAACCAUUUUGUUAUUCUUAAUAUUCACAAAUAUCUAAAAUUCCAUUUUAAUCCUCAUUAGAAAAAUAUACAUAAAACUUAUAUAAACCUAUAACCAAAUAGAGAACAAAAUCUUAAUAGAGAGGAAAUAUGUCUUUAGAAUAAAAUCAAAAUUAUUCAUAUGAUCAACCUCAAUAAUAGUAUUAUUCAGAUGAUAGUUUUGAAGGUAAACCAUAAAAUGUCAAGAAAGUAGAUUUAUAUGAAUUGGCAUAAGAAAGGCAAUAAAAUUUUAAUUAUAUGUAAAAUAAUACAAACUUAAAGUCUAAUGAAAAUAGUAAGAAUUAAUAUUAAGAGAGUCCAACAUAGAACUCUCAAAAUUAUUAAAUGGCUCUUUAAUCCAGUUAAUUUUAUUAAAGUUCUAAGGAUAUAGAAGAACAAACCAGAAAUUCGAAUUUAUAAGAGUACUCAAACUUUCAUUAUUUCUAAGAUAAUUAAAUUUCAAGUUAAAUACAAUAAAACCCUUUUUCUCAAACAUCAAAGAAACCAAUUUAAAUUAAAUUAAAUAUUAAGGAAUUUAUUGCAUCCGAAUAGCAAUAGAGAUCCUCUCCUAUGUGUUGUAAUUAAUUAAUUAUAUUUUAGCUAAUUUAUUAUAACAAAAAAUAGGCAAUUUAAAUACUCAUCAUUGA